AUGGACACGUUAUCUAAUACAAAUACCCCCAAUAAAAAUGUAUUACUAGACAAGAUACAGAUUUUAAACUUAUUUAAAAUUCUUGAUAAUUUACCAUUUGAACCCAAAAGUGAUAAAGAAAUAUGGUAUAUAGUCAAUAAAGAGUUCAUAGAUAAUUUAAGAUACUAUGAGUGUGGAAAAAGUGACAGUUAUUCAAAUAUCAUAAACAAUAAAAUAUUUUUAGAAGAUUAUAAUAAUGUAAAUACAAAAAGUAGGAUUGUCAAAGAAUAUGAAAAUAGUAAUGGCGUGGGUUUUCUUCUAUACCCAGAAAAGGCUAUAGAAAUAUUAGAAAAACAUUUUAUCUUUGAUGUAAAAAUUCCAAGAGCAGUAUAUGCUUAUAAAACAAAUAGAAAAGAAAAAAUAAUAUAUAAGGUUGAUAUCCAACCAUUAAAAAUUGUUGUAUAUUCAAAAAAUCCUAAUGAGCAUUCUAAUCCUUCAAAAAUGAAAAUUGUGAUUUUAAGAAAUGAUACGGUUGAAAAUGUUUUAAAAGAGAUUGUUGGAACUGUCGAUAGUGGCACAUUCCGUAAGAAUUUAUUUUACUCAGACGAAUUAGACAACAAAAGAGAAAAGAAUUGGAAAGGCUUAUAUAUAUUUAAUUGUAUUGAAUAUGCUUUAUCAAAAAAAGUAUGUGAAUUUUCUAUUGAUGAGAAUUCUUGUUUAUUAAUAACUAGCGAAAGACCUGAUAUAAAAUGUAUAAUGAAUAGAAGUAAUAAUAAUGUAAGUUAUAGUAAAAAGGAAGGACAUAAUAGAAGGAUGGAAAUUCAUAGUGGAUUAAAAAAUAAUAAUAAUGAUGAUGAUGAAGAAAAUGAUUAUUUUGAUGACAACAACAAUAAUAAUAAUAAUAAUAGUAUGAGUGAGAUUGAAAAAAGAAGUAUUAGUUAUAUAUUUGAUAAAGGAGGUGAUCGUGGUCUUAUAAAUUUAGGAAAUACAUGUUUUUUAAAUUCAUCAUUACAAUGUUUAUCUAAGAUUUUAAAAUUUUCAAAUUAUUUUUUGAGUGGUUCUUUUUGGAAUCAUAUAAAUUAUUCAAAUCCAGUUGGUCAACAUGGAAGAUUAGCAAAAGCAUAUUAUGAGACGUUAACUGAAAUGUGGAAAAUUAAUAAAAGAGAUUGCCCUUAUGCACCUAAAGUCUUAAAAGAAGCGAUAAGUGAAAAGAGAGAUGAAUUUUAUGGAUAUCAACAACAUGAUUCACAAGAAUUGUUAGCAUUUUUAUUAGAUGGGUUACAUGAAGAUUUAAAUUUGAUUAGAAAAAAACCUUAUUAUGAAGAAAAGUUACAAGGAGGUGUUGAUAAAUUAGAUGUUGAUGUAGCUGAAGCUUCAUGGAAUAGACAUAAAGAAAUUAAUAAUUCUAUAAUUGUAGAUUUAUUUCAAGGUCAAUAUAGAUCAAGAUUACAAUGUCCUAAGUGUAAAAAAGUUAGUAUAACCUUUGAUCCUUUUAUGUAUUUAUCAAUUCCAUUACCUCCAAAAAAAAAUCAUCGAGUAUGGUUUCAUGUAAUACUUAGUCGAGAUAUUCCUAUUGCUAUUAGAUUUUCUUGUACAUUUAAUGGUUCUCAAGAAGUAUUAAAAUUAAAGAUUUUCUUUUUAAAUAUAAUAAAGAAUAUGAAAAACAAGAAAAGAAAUAUAUUAUUACAUAGUAAAUCCAUAAUCAAAAAUAAUAAAUAUCCUCAUGAGGGUAGCAAUGCAUUUAAUUUUCAUUCCAAGUUUUUAGAUGAUAAUAAAAAUGAUUUAUAUGACGAAAAUGAAUAUAACAACAACAACAAUAAUAAUAAUAAUAUUAAUAGUAAUAAUAUAAAUGAUGAUGUUAGUAAUUAUAUUAAAGCUUUAAAAAAUAAAUCAAAAAUUACCAACACUUUGAAAGAACAAGAUAUACAAAUCAUAUAUGAAAGUAUAUGUUCUAUGUGUAAUAUAUCAUCUAUUGAUGAAUUAGAAGUUAAUAAUCUUUGUUUUCUUUAUACAAAAUUAAAAAAUUUAGCAUGUAAUAAUUUUUUUCAAGUGUUAAAUAAUUCCGAUUUUGUAACAGAACCACAUACAAGAAAUGGUAAGGGAAUUAGUCAUAUCUUUGUUUAUAUACUUCCUAAAAUAUUUGGUCAUUUAAUUGAUAAAAAUAUUGAUUUAAAAGUAGAUGAAUGUCUAGAAGUAUUAACAAACUCGACUGUUACAACAAAUAAUACUAGUCUUAAAGAUGAAGAAGAUAUAAAUAUAAGAACAGAGACCAAUGAUAAGAAAACAGUAAAAAAUAAACAUUGUACUAAUAAAAUUGUAAAAAAAAGAAAAGGAUUAUUAUCCAACCCUUUAAGAAAAGGAACACUUGGACCAGAUCAUCAAAAAUAUUAUCAAGAAGAUGAUGUAGAAGAAAAUAUAGAAAAUACUAAUGAAAUAAAUAUACAACAACAACAAGAAGAUAAUAAAAUUAUAAAUAAUAAUCAUAAUGAUAAUAUUAAAAAAAAUUCAAACGAAUAUAUAUCAUAUAAUGAUUUAUUAAAUGAUCAAGCUUUUCUAAAUGAUAAUUAUCAUUAUUUAAAUGACAAAUAUUUUUCUGUUCUUAUUGUUCCAUUGUGUAAAGAUGAACAACUUUUAUAUAAAAUGAAAAAUAAUGAUUUACCAUUAUUAUAUAAUAUUCCUUUUAAUUACACUCUAGAAGAAUUAUAUAAUAAGGUUAAAUAUUCAUAUAAUAAAAAUAAUCAUAUAAAAGCAUCAAUAAUGAAAAUGAAUAGUUGUUUAAAGAUGGAAAAAAAUGACAUGAGCAAUUCAUUAUAUCAUAAGAAUAAAAACAUUGAAAGUCCUAAAAAGGAUAAUACUUUAAAUGGUACAGGCCAUAAUAUUGAUAUUUAUCAAAAUGAUGAUAAUAAUAAUAUGAAUGUUAAUGGUUGUAAAGGUAUUGACACUUGUUACAACCUUGACGAUAAAAUUAAUAUUAAUGGUAAUGAUAUUAGUAAUAAAUAUGCAAAUAGUAUGCUUAAUGAAUAUAAUAAUAAUAAUAAUAAUAGUAAUAGUAAUAAUAAUAUUGUAAAUGAUGAAGAGGAUAAUAGUUAUGAUGAUUUCCUAGAUAAGUUUAGUUUAUAUUUACCAUGCUAUAAUUUAAAAGAAGAAUGGAAUCCGAAAGAUAAUUUAGGAUUAGAAUUAAAAAGAGAUGGUACAUAUUUAUCAGAUUAUAUAAAAAAUUCAGAAGAAAAAAGACUUAUCAUAAUAUAUUUAAAUACGGUUGGUAUGGAAGAUGAAUUAUCAUUAGAUAUUAAAACAUUAACAUUUGUCGAUUUAGAAGAAAAAUAUGGUAUCGAUACUUGUUUAAAAUUAUUUUCAGAAGAAGAACAUCUAGAUGAAAAUAAUACGUGGUAUUGUAGUAAUUGUAAAUUACAUGUACAGGCAUAUAAAAAAUUAGAUCUAUUUCGUAUGCCUAUUAUAUUAAUAUUACAUCUAAAAAGAUUUAAUAAUACCAAUAGAUGGUUAAGAACAAAAAUUGAUUCAUAUGUAUAUUAUCCACAUAAAGAAAAAGAAUAUCUAAAUAUGGCACCAUAUAUAUUACCAGAUGGAUUAAAACAUAUGACCAAAUUAAAUCCAAAAUAUGCUCCACUCUAUGAAUUAAUUGGAGUCAAUUGUCAUACAGGUAGCUUAUGUGGAGGUCAUUAUUUUGCAUAUGUUAAAUUAAAUGAUCAAUGGUAUAACUUUAAUGAUUCAUGUGUAUCUACUAUUGAUGAAGCUGAAGUUAAUACAAAAAAUGCUUACCUCCUAUUUUAUCAGUUAAUAUCUCAUAAGAAUGAGAAAUUUUCAGGAUAUGCUCAAACCAGGAAUUUGGAUGAACAACAGGCAAUCCUUAUGGCAAACGCAAGUUAUUAUAAUUAA